AUGGAUUCGUUUAUGCUCCAGGACGACGGCGUGCGUGAUCGCAUUCGCCAGGCCGAGGAGUUCCUGGUUCCCAAUGACCCUCAUGCCCGAAGCUAUAGAUCGGACAUCAUUUUGAUGCUCCGCAAGAACCAGCGUCGCCUCACUGUUAACAUCGACCACGUCCGAGAUCACAAUGCCGAGUUUGCACAGGAGAUCCUCCAGAAGCCGUUCGACUACACCCUUGCCUUCAACCAUGCCCUCAAGGAGAUUGUGCAGACGCUGCCCCAAGCCAGGCCUGACCAGACGGCGAGGGACACCGUCUACUACUGCGCGUGGGCCGGCAACUUUGGCCUCAAUGCCUGCAAUCCCCGCACGCUGUCCUCGCAGCACUUGAACAACAUGGUCUCUGUCGAGGGCAUCGUCACCAGAUGUUCCUUGAUCAGGCCCAAAGUCGUGCGCAGCGUUCACUACAACGAAGCCAAGGACAAGUUCCACUUCCGAGAGUAUCAGGACCAGACCAUGACCAAUGGAGUCACUACUUCUAGCGUCUAUCCGCAGGAGGAUGACGAGGGAAAUCCUCUCACAACAGAGUAUGGGUUCUGCACAUACCGAGACCACCAGACGAUUUCGAUCCAAGAGAUGCCUGAACGGGCGCCUGCUGGACAGCUUCCUCGAGGCGUGGAUGUCAUCCUGGACGAUGAUCUAGUUGACUCGGUGAAGCCUGGUGACAGGAUCCAGCUCGUGGGAAUCUUCCGAACCCUGGGCAACAGGAACGCCAACCACAACAGCGCACUGUUCAAGACUGUCGUUCUGGCCAACAAUGUCGUCCUGCUGUCUUCCAAAUCCAACGGCGGAGUAGCCACCGCCUCCAUUACCGACACGGACAUCCGAAACAUCAACAAGGUAGCCAAGAAGAAAGACCUUCUUGGCCUCCUCUCUCAGUCACUUGCUCCUAGCAUCUACGGCCACGACUAUAUCAAAAAGGCCAUUCUACUCAUGCUCCUGGGAGGUGUGGAAAAGAACCUCGAGAACGGCACCCAUCUGAGAGGAGAUAUCAACAUCUUGAUGGUUGGCGAUCCCUCCACAGCCAAGUCCCAGCUCUUGCGAUUCGUGCUCAACACAGCGCCUCUGGCCAUCGCCACAACAGGACGCGGCUCCUCGGGCGUCGGUCUGACGGCGGCGGUGACUACCGACAAGGAAACAGGGGAGCGGAAACUGGAGGCUGGUGCCAUGGUCAUGGCUGAUCGAGGAGUUGUCUGCAUCGACGAGUUCGACAAGAUGUCCGACGUUGACCGUGUGGCCAUUCACGAAGUCAUGGAACAGCAGACAGUCACCAUUGCCAAAGCUGGAAUCCACACGUCAUUGAAUGCCCGAUGCUCUGUGAUUGCAGCUGCCAAUCCCAUCUUUGGGCAGUACGAUCCUCACAAGGACCCGCACAGGAACAUUGCCCUUCCGGACUCCCUGUUGUCUCGAUUCGAUUUGCUCUUCGUUGUUACCGAUGACAUCGAGGACGCCAGGGAUAGGCAGGUGUCCGAACAUGUGCUCCGCAUGCACAGGUAUCGCCAGGCAGGCACCGAAGAGGGCGCGCCCGUUCGAGAGCAAACCUCCCAGUCACUUGGAGUGUCCGCGAAUACACAGACCGGCUCUCAGCGCCCCACGGAGGUUUACGAAAAGUACGAUGCGAUGCUGCAUGCGGGCGUUACCCGAACUUCAGGCCGAGGCGCAAGCAAGAAGACGGAGAUUCUCAGCAUAGCAUUCAUGAAGAAGUAUAUCCAAUAUGCUAAGCGGAUCAAGCCGGUCCUUACUCAAGAAGCCUCAGAUCGCAUUGCCGAUAUCUACGUCGGUCUACGAAACGACGAGAUCGAGGGGAACCAAAGGCGAACGAGUCCGCUUACAGUCCGUACCCUCGAGACCAUUAUUCGAUUGGCUACUGCUCACGCAAAGUCACGAUUGUCUUCUCGGGUCGAGGAGCGAGACGCCAUUGCGGCAGAGGGUAUCUUGCGGUUCGCUCUGUUCAAGGAGAUUGUCGAGGACAGCUCGCGGAGAAAGCGCAGGCGCACACAAGCCGCCGGGCUGGCCUCGUCUAGCGAUGAGAGCGGCGAAGAUGACAGCGACGACGAAGGCGACGAGGGAAGCCAGCAGACUACCCAGCUCAACGGCACUGCGUCUCGACAGUCAAGUUCACGCAUGCAGACCAGGAGUGCACGGCUUAAUGGAACAAACGGCUCGUUCGCAUCAACACUACCCGCGUCGCAGGUCUUGUCCCAAACCCCCGGAGAAGUCGAAGACGAGGGCCUGGCCAGCGCGGCGAGCAACCUCGAAAUUGAGGAUGUGGCUCUCACCCCCGAGCGUCUGGCAGCUUUCAGAACAAACCUCGGCCAGCUGCUUAACACCAGCGUAUUUGAGGACGAUUCGGCGCCUCUUGACGCGGUGAUCCAAGCCGUCAAUGAGAGAAUUGGCGGCCGCGAAGGAGGAGCUUUCAGUAGACCGGAAGCUGUCCAGGCACUGAAGAAGUUGGAGGAGGCAAAUCACAUCAUGUGA